AACUGCUCAAACGGUGUCGUAUACUGAUACACUACUCAUGAGCUGCCGUUCAUCUACCUUGUCGCCAUCGGCGGCAUUGCGCGGUGCUGAAGGCCGCAUAUAGUUUCGAACUUUUGAAUUCCAGUGGGAUUGAGACUGCAUUUGGCCGAAAUCGGGAUUGAGAAUGGCGGAGUAUCAGCAGGAAUUGGUCGUUUAAGCUGAAAUGACUUCGUUGUGGGAAUCUCUAUUUCUUCCUGCCAAGCGCCUCCGUAUAUACGGAAAUAUUUUAUGUAAUUAUCUGAAGAGCAUCAAUGGCAGGAAAUUAGAUCUAUCACUGGUUCAAGUUGAAGCAGAAAAUAAGUCACUACAGAAUCUUAAAGAAGUUGAGAGAAUAAUAGGAUAUAGAUUUAAUAACCGUAGCUUACUAUACGAAGCGUUUACACAUCAAUCCUACCAGCAGGGUUGCGUUUCAUAUGAAAGGCUCGAGUAUAUUGGUGACUCGGUGCUUAAUUUUUUGAUAACAAAGGAACAGUUUUCCAAGUACCCGGAUCUAGCACCGGGGUUGUUGUCCCCACUUCGAGCUGCCAAUGUUGAUACGGAGAAGCUUGCACGGGUGGCUGUCCAGCGUAACUUUCACAGAUACAUCCGUUUUGGCGCUAAAAUCUACACCAAAAGGAUUCAGACAUUUAUCAAUGCUCUUCCUAAAUAUCCAUUACAUUCACAUGGCUUGAUUCAUACCCCGAAAGUGCUUGCUGAUGUUGUUGAAUCAACUAUUGGAGCUGUUUACGUUGACAGCAGUUAUUCAAUUGAUACUACAUGGGAGGUAGCCAGCGAUCUAAUACAACCCAUAAUAACCCCGAGAAUGCUUGAAAAACACCCCGUGAAGAAGCUCUACGAGAUAUGCCAACAACACAAGCUUGAAGUGAAACUAGUGGAUCUAUGGUCGAGAGAUGGAACUUACAAAGUUUAUGUCGACGGUAAACUUAGAGGGACAGUUUUUGUAUUAAGCUAUGGAUUCCAUUCUUGGAUUUUCACGGCCCAAGGGGACGACUUCAUCGAGUUGUUUCUGAGACGCUUCACAAUUUAUUGGCGCACCAGACUUGCUCUCACCUGUCACGUGUCUUGCUUAGCCCUCGACCACAGGUUUUGUGUGACCUGGUCCCAGAGGAGGUUUUAUUGAAUCCAUCAUCACUCGUCAGAACAAAGAACAUUUGACAUGGCCCAUGGAGGGUUGUUUCUAGCUAGUUCAAGUCGAUGAAUAAUGCUCAGUUUUCUAAUAGCAGUCGAUAGGGUAUAUAACUUAUCUAUCUUGGAGUUAUAUGACCAAAAUUGACUUAAAAUGUUUGUUGUUAUCAUGUACUUGUUUAUGAGAUAAAUCGUUGUACUAUCUAUGUUUAUGUAAAAUGCUAGUAUAUGGCUUAGUUAUCUUUUUGUUGAA